AUGGAGAACCCUAAAGUGUCUAUUUUUGGGUGGGAAGCGUCGAAAGAAAGCCUUAAAGAAAACCCUAAAGUUGGGCGUCGAAAGAAAACCCUAAAAUUGGGCAUCCCGCCGAUAGACACCCUUGAAUACAAGACUCUUCUAAACUCACUCCGGUCAACCCCCAACCUUUUGUACAUCAAAGACGAGUAUUUUCAACGCUGCCGGACUCAUGCGGAUUAUUUUAAGUUCUCUGCAGAUCGAUUAGCCUCGAGUUCUAAUCACAACGCUGCCGGAAUUGUUGCUCAAACAGAAUCGAGAGGUGUGGCAGAGGGAGGUGGAGGGAAGCGGAGAAGAAGUGGAGGACCCGAAACGUCGUCGUGGGAUCGAACAACAACAAGAAGCCCCGACUUCAAGACUCUUCUAAACUCACUCCGGUCAACCCCCAAACCUCCGUACAUCGAGGAUUUUGAACGCUGCCGGACUCAUGCGGAUUUUGUGAAGUUCUUUGCAGAUCGAUUAGCCUCGAGUUCUAAUCACAACGCGACCGGAAUGGCUGCUCAAACAGAAUCGAGUGGUGUGGCAGAGGGAGGUGGAGGGAAGCGGAGAAGAAUUGGAGGACCCGAAACGUCGUCGUGGGUUCGAACAACAAGAACAAGCCUCUCGACCAAACAACAGAAUCUCAAUGCUCAGUCGACCAUGGUAGCAUCAUCAGUGGAAAAAACUGAUCAGGGUUCCAUCGCUAGAGGAAUUUCCUUGCUUUCAUAUCAAAAUGAUUCAGUUUCUAAUACUAAUGAUAAUAAUAGUGGAUCAAAGAAAAACAGAUGUGAAAGCUGCAACAGAGAGGUUGGGGUGUUGGGGUUUGAAUGCCAUUGUGGUGGAGCUUUUUUUGGAAAGCAAACGUAUCCAGAAGUGCACUCGUGCAAUUUGGAUCUCAACAAGGCUGGCAGACCCUCUUUGCAAGGGUGA